AUGGAAGCUUCCAACUUCACCCACUAUGACCCGCCAACAUUCAUCCUAAUGGGCAUCCCUGGCCUGGAAGAUGCUCAUAUCUGGAUUUCCAUCCCUUUUGCUGCAUUCUACAUAACAGCUUUGCUGGCAAAUUUCACAGUACUGUCUAUUGUGGCCAAAGAGCAGAGAUUGCACAAACCGAUGUAUCUGCUGAUGUGCAUGCUGGCAGUCUCAGACAUCAUCACACCUACCACCAUCUUCCCAAAGGCCCUGGGGAUAUUUUGGUUCAAUUUGAAAAGUAUCACUCUGGCUGGCUGCCUCACGCAGGCUUUCUUUGUGCCAGUAAGUGCUACUGUCCACUCUGGUGUCCUAGUGACAAUGGCCAUUGAUCGCUGUGUUGCCAUAUGUAACCCUCUGAGAUACACAAGCAUCCUGACCAAUGCACGAGUCGCUAAGCUAGGCCUAGUGUGUGUGGUAAGAGCUGUUCUCUAUAUUGUGCCCUUUUCUGUGCUCCUGAGCCGGAUGCCAUUCUGUGCCAAUCGCAUUAUCCCCCACACGUACUGUGACACAAUGGCGGUGUCACAGUUGUCCUGUGGGGACAUCACAGGAAGCAGAAUGUAUGGGUUGGUGUUGGUAUGUGUAGCCACUGGGUUUGACAUGUCAGUCAUUGCAAUAUCCUAUGUGCUAAUCACCAGGGCCAUCCUCCGAAUGUCCUCCAAAAAAGCCCACCAGAAAGCCCUCAGCACCUGCACCGCCCACAUCCUUGUGAUACUCAUGGCUUAUCCUCCUGGCCUCUUCUCCAUUCUGGCGUACCGGUUCGGUAAAGGCAUCACACCUUCUGCGCACAUCCUUUUGUCCGAUCUCAUUUACCUCAUACCCUCCAUGCUCAACCCUAUCGUGUAUGGAAUCAAAACCAAAGAGCUUCGUGAGGAAGUGGUUGCAUUCAUCUGCAGAAGGUUCUUGAUUGGAAUCACUGACUGUAAAACCACAUGA